AUGUCUUCAUUUCGAGAAAUCACAGAAGUUUGUCUUGUUCUUUUUGAUAAAGGUGUUUUGACAGAGGAACAGUUUAUUUUACUCUACUUAGCGUACGAUUCAAGAAAUCCUGAGUUCCCAUACAGCAAUUAUUCGCCUUUUUGCCUUGACAAAAUGAACGAAGCCGAAUGUUUGGCAGAACUUCGAGUACAAAAGUACGACCUCAUUUUUCUCCAGCAAGUCCUUCAAAUUCCCGAUAUAAUUAAGUGCCUACAAAGAACAACCUGUUCUGGACUCGAAGAGUCGACUGUGCAUUCUCUUAAAUCGUCUUGCGUACCCAUGUCGAUAUUCUGAUAUGAUCCAACGCUUUGGUCGAUCUGUUCCUGAAUUGUGCAUGAUAUCAAAUCUGGUUACUGAUUCAAUAUACGAUAAUCAUGGGCAUAGAGUAAUUCAAUGGAACCCGUACGUUCUAAACCCCGAAAACCUUCAGAUUUAUGCAGAGGCCAUUCACGAAAAGGGAGCCCCACUCGAAAACUGUUUUGGCUUCAUCGACGGAACAGUCAGACCGAUUUGUCGACCUGGACAACAUCAGCGAGUGGUUUAUAAUGGCCACAAAAUAGUUCACUCGUUAAAGUUUCAGUGUGUUGCAUUAACAAACGGGAUUAUCGCUCAUAUAUUUGGUCCUGUUGGUAAGUUCUUAAACGUUGUUACACAGCAAAUACUUUUUUAGCUAAAUUUAUGCAGCUAUCUCUAAUCUGGAUAUUUUGAAUGUUACAGAAGGAAAAAAGACAUGAUGCAGGGAUGCUCGCCGAUUCAAAUUUCUUACACCAGCUAGAAGAGAACGCCUUCUCCCCUGAUGGCAGCCCGAUGUGUGUUUAUAUGGCGAUCCCGCUUACCCGCAUAGAGUCCAUCUGCAAGCUCCGUUUCGUAAUGGCGAGAUCACAGAAAGAAUGGAGGAAUUUAACACUAAUUACUAGCACAAAAUGGCCCUACAAAUCGAGCUCUACAAAAAUCGGAAAUUUGAUGUCUCUGAACCUUGUCUUAGACAUUAUUUGGUCUUUGAAAGGUUGUGGUCACUUAACGUAUGACGGAACGCGAAUUAAAUGGUCGCAGGAUCUUCAAUUACUAAAGAAUUUCGUUGAAAAUAUUGUCGGCCUACGGGGCAAUUGGUCAUCGCCUGGUGGUAAAGCCAAGAGGUUUACCAGCGUAAAUUUCGAUCUGAUCGCGACGUGGUACCCCGCGGGCAAACAGAAUUCGCUAUUAUUCCAAGGAAAGGAUGGUGAUCUGCUCAAGAAUUAUCUGGUGAGUGUCUUAGAUAUAACUUGUGCUGGCCAAACAACCACGGAUACGGACACUGAUUUUAUGACCAACAUAGAGGAUUCGGUAUUUGAAACGGAGACUUGCAGAGAUAUCUCCAGUUAAAACAUGGGAAAUUAUCACUGACAAUAACCCGGCAGUUGCUGAAUCGACCCCGUUAAAACAUCUCAGUUGGUCGUACAAUACUUUUACCAACGAUAUGAAAGGGGUUAAAACAGACAUAGCAGUUAUGCAAAAACAAAUAACAUCUAUAAGUUAGAGUUAUAAACCUCGAAAGUCGGUUUAUAACUGAUAUAUUGCCCCCGAGGACGCGUAGCGUCCGAGGGCAAUAUAUCAGUUAUAAACCGACUUUGAAUCAAGUUUUUUCGAAUGUGAAUCAAGUUUUUUCGCAGAUACAUGUACGCGUCGCGUACCUAUUUUUUAAAAACCCGCUCCUUUUACCCGCUCCUUUUUUUAAUUACCCGCUCCUUUUACCCGCGACCCGCUCCUUUUACCCGCGACCCGCUCCAAAUAGAUACUCCCAAAACAAUACACACAGCACUGCAUGCGAGACCAAUCCAGAAAUCAACACAAGUGUUCCUCAAUCAAAAGACCCCAAAAUACAAGAAAUCAUAAACAAAUAUAGUACAGUUUUCAAGGGGUAAGGAAAAUUGAAUAAUCAACAAAUUAAACUUCAUAUCCGAGACGAUGUCAAACCAGUUAUGCAGCGGCAAAGACGUAUACCAUAUUAUGUGAGAAAGGAUGUUUCUAAGAAACUAAAGAAACUAGAAGAGCAAGACAUUGUCGAGAAAGUCACCAAUCAACCAACACCAUGGAUAUCUCCAAUAGUCGUCACGCCAAAGAAAGACGGAGGUAUUAGACUCUGUGUAGACAUGACGGAAGCAAACCAGGCAAUCGAAAGAGAGAGACACACAAUGCCAACUUUACAAGAUUUUAAAGCUGAGGUAAAUGGAGCAAAAUUCUUCUCAAAGAUUGACCUAAAGCAAGCAUAUCACCAGCUCGAAUUACACCCGGAUUCAUUACAACGUUUUCUACCCAUGAAGGACUGUUCCAGCAUAAAAGAUUAAAUUACGGUACGAACAGUGCAGCCGAAAUAUUCCAAAAUGUGCUACAACAAAACCUUAGCGAUAUCAGAAGAGUGAAAAACCUGGUGGAUGAUAUUAUUAUUCAUGGUAAAACCCGAAAGUCACACGAUGAAGCACUAGAGAACUGUCUAAAACGGCUAGCAGCACUAAACUUGAAAGUGAAAGGGGAAAAAUGUGAAUUUCUACAAGACGAAAUUACGUUCUUGGGAUUAAAAUUUACAGCAGCAGAAACCAAACCAGAUCCAGAGAGAAUCGAGAACAUGGUUAGAGUACCAGCUCCCAAAACUGCUGGAGAAGUUAGAAGUUUUCUGGGAAUGGCCAACACUUGCCACGAAUACAUUCCACAUUAUGCAACUAUUACAGCACCUCUAAGAGAACUAACCAAGAAAAACAUUGCGUUUAAGUGGGAAAAUAGACAUCAGAAAGCAUUUGAGCAACUGAAAAAGAAACUAACAAGUACCCCAGUUAUGGCAUAUUUCGAUACAAAGAAACGAAGUCUAGUAAUCGUAGAUGGCUCCCCUUAUGGAAUUAGUGCAAUACUAGCACAGAAAGAGCAUCACAGCCAGCAGUACAAAAUCCUUUCAUAUGCAAGCAGAGCACUCAGCCCAGUUGAGACAAGAUACUCUCAAACAGAUAUUGAAGGACUUGGCUUAGUAUGGGGAAUUGAGCAUUUUCGAAUGUUCUUGAUUGGAUCAGAAUUCGAUGUGAUAACUGAUCAUAAAGCAUUAGAAUCUAUAGUCAAUAACCCAAGAUCCAGACCACCAGCCCGUAUCGAGAGAUGGAUGAUGCGAUUACAACCAUUCAACUUCAAAGUCAUUUACCGCAAAGGAUCCUUGAACGAAGCUGACUACUUAAGUAGACAUCCAGCUGUUAUAGAGAGAGAACAAAUAACUAGUACAUCAGCAGAAGAAUAUGUGAACUAUGUAACUAACUGUUCAGUUCCAAAGUCAAUGACAGAUCGGAAGAGAUUAAAAAAGCAACCCAUAACGAUCCAGUAUUACAAAAAGUUAAGAAAUGUCUGA